GAAUGCGCUGGUCCCCAGCAUGGCGGCCGCCUGGCCCUACAGGCCAGCCGUUCCUGAGCCUGUGGCUGCUCAGCUCCUGAGUGUCUUGUGGUUCGUGUCGGUCACCACGGGACUUUGGGGAGCUGCUGCUGCCGGGGGCGAGGAGACGCUUAAGUGCGAGGACCUCAAAGUAGGACAAUAUAUUUGUAAAGAUCCAAAAAUAAACGAUGCUACACAAGAACCAGUUAACUGUACAAACUACACAGCUCAUGUUCCAUGUUUUCCAGCACCCAACAUAACUUGUAAGGAUUUCAGUGGCAAUGAAACACAUUUUACUGGAAAUGAAGUUGGUUUUCUCAAGUCCAUAUCUUGCCGAAAUGUAAAUGGCUAUUCGUACAAAGUGGCAGUUGCACUCUCUCUUUUUCUUGGAUGGUUGGGAGCAGAUCGAUUUUACCUUGGGUACCCUGCCUUGGGUUUGUUAAAGUUUUGCACUGUAGGGUUUUGUGGAAUUGGGAGCCUAAUUGAUUUCAUUCUUAUUUCAAUGCAGAUUGUUGGACCUUCAGAUGGAAGUAGUUAUAUUAUAGAUUAUUAUGGAACCAGACUUACAAGACUGAGUAUUACUAAUGAGACAUUUAGAAAAACACAGUUAUAUCCAUAAAUACUUUUAAAAGAAACAGAUUUGGGUCUUGUUGAUUUUAAUAUCAAACUCUCAAGUGGAUUUCCAGAUUUUUUUUCCUUUUUCACAUACCAUUUUAUGGAUUCUAUGUAAUUUUUCAUUGUUGAUGUUUUUGUUUUGUUGUUCUGGUUAAAAGCAUAGUAUUCUGAGGUUUAUUUAAUAGAAUUUUCUUUGAGAGCUGUAUGAUAAGUCUUCCUUAGGCUACUGUUUCUUUGAGAUAGAUAGCUUAUUACCCCGAUAUUCCUUAAUCUCUUUUUCAAAGACAAGUUGCCACUUGUCAUUUUUCCUUCUGAAAAAUAAAAGUAUGACCUAUUCACAUUUUUUAGUGCUUUAUUAUUAAGAAAACUUUAAAUGUUGAAUGUAGCUGUCUUCUACAAUUUGAUCCUUCAACGCACUUAAUCUAUGGUGUGAACAAAUACCAUUUAUAUUGCCUGGGACUGCAGUCUUGUAUGACAACCCACCUGGUUUUCUGUAGCUUUCAGAUCUGUCUUUGCUAUGGUAUCCAGGGAGCUAAAGAUCAUCAGUGAGUCUGAAACCUUGAGGCAACAUGGAUACCUCUGGCAUAGAUUCAGGCCUCUGAAGUGUGAACUUUUUCCUUUAGGAGUGAUUCACUAGCUUUUGGAAGACCAGAUGCUGACUCACCUAGCUCAGUGCAGUUACAUUUGAUGGACAAGGUGGGAACAGCGAACAGAUGAUUAAUGUCUUCCAUCUGUUAACACUGCCAGGCAGAUGCUGGCACAAGUGCCUCAAGUGAUGCACCAGUGUCUGAAGGAAGCAGCACCUGAAUACUAGCACUGGUUUUUCUUACCAUGUUUUAGAAGGGUUUUAAGAAGAUGGAAAUACAUGAAAUGUUAUGUCUCCAUAAUACUGUCAUGUUCUUUGUUAACAGCCAUGCCAAUUUCAAAAUUACUGAGGUCCGGGCUCCUCAAAAGUAAAAACUGUAAUUUUUUAUCACACGUUUUACUCAAAAGUAUACUCUUUAAGUCCAGUUACUUUCAUAAUAUGUUAAUUUCAGUAACAUAUUCUAUUUGGUGGGAAAUUACUAAGUAUUGAUAUGUGAAGUAAAUUUGGGUUGACUCCUUAAUAUACAUCAGGAAUGGUCUUUAUGAUUAAUUUAUUAAAAUACUGAAUGUCUGCCAUCUGGGAGGCACUCUUCUAGAUGAUCGGUUGCAGCAAUGAACAAAACACAAACAUCUUUGCUCUUGAGCUAACAUUCCCUUGGGAUCCAGUUUUUCCCCGUGAUAUUUUGGCUGCAGUUAAAGUAACUGGUAAAUACUCAUUUUCUAGUAUUUCCUAGAUCUUUUUGGUUGCAGACAGUGCUUUGAAAUUUACUUCAGGAUCAUGUAAGCCCAGAUUUUAAAACUCUUUAAGCUUCCAUAGCCACAUAAGUUCAAUUAUAUAAGAAACACUUGCAGUUAAAUCUUGAAAAGUAAUCUUGAGUCUUUCAUAAUUGUUACAGUUAUUAACUUGGCCAGGUGGGAAGUCUGUUUCAAAGCAGGUGCUUCUCAAAGUAUUUAUUCAAAUAAGCUGUAGUACUCAGGGUUGUUGAUAAAAUCUAGAAAUAAAGUCUCUUUGCAAUACACUCUUAAACUUUUAGUCUUUAUUUUCAGAAUAAUUUCCUAAAUUUACAUGACAAGAGCACUUUACUUUUUUCCAGUUUGUCUAAUUCCCUGUUGCCUAAUAUAUGUAGUUCUUUAACAAAUGCUUUUUCUGUGUCAUCUUAUUUUUUUAUGUGAAUGCAUUUAAUGCAUGUGAACAGUUUGUUUUUACUUUCAUAGAACACUAUUUUGUUAUGGCUAUUUGUUAGUGUGUCUGAGUACAAAUCACGUGUUAAGGCCUCUGUGUGGAAUGCUUUAUAUGAUAACCCUGCUUUUAAAGCUGUGGCCAAAAUUGUAAGAUGAAUCAGUCAUUCCUUGAAUGGUUCAGUCAUUCCUUGGGUUGCUCCUAAACCCUCCAGGAUGAGACGGGAUGGAUUCUUUGAAUUCUACAGAAACAGUCUUUCUAUAGAAACAUUUAAAAAUGGCACUACUAUACUCUGAAAGGGUUAAUACAAUUUCCAGAAAUACCUCUUUACCUAGGAAGAUUUCUUAGCUACACUGUAUUAAACUAAAGGACCUCUUUAAGACUUCAAAGAUUUAUCUCGUCUGUGGCUAACAUUUGUUCAUGGGACUGCUAGGACUAUAAAAAAUAUUAGUUUGGAGGUAUGCUUUUUGUUUGUUUGUUUACAAAAAAUUUCUGUGUCUUUUUCCCUAAUUUUAUCCUUGAUGCGUAAGGCUAAAUUAAGUAUUAUAAAUACUGAUAGACAGCUAGGAAGCUAACAUAGAUCUAAUAGCAAGAAACACCAAAAGUUGUAAAGAAAACUUAUUUUCACAGCUCAAAGAUAAUGUUAAUAUUUUUAUGUACUGGUACUUUUUCCAGGCAUGUAUGUACAUUUUUUUUCUCAAAAAUUAUAAACAUGCUGUUUCAUAACCUGCUCCUUGACAUUGUAAAGAUUUUUCUGUUUCAAUAAAUAUUCUUUUACAAAAUUAUUUAUAAUGGCUGUAGAGUAUUCCAUGUCUGUAUUAUGAUUUAUUUAUGUAAUUCCUUAUUGUUUGGUAUUGUUAUUCUAAUAAAUGAACAAUAUGCACUUCUGA